AUGGAAUGUGGAAAGAGCUUUCGUUCAUGUGAUCAUCUGACUUUACAUCAUCGAACUCACACAGGGGAGAAACCAUUUAAAUGUAUGGACUGUGGAAAGAGCUUCACACAUAAUGGAAACUUCAGAAAACAUCUACGUACUCACACAGGGGAGAAACCAUUUCAAUGUAUGGAGUGUGGAAAAAGCUUCACUCAGAGUUCAUCACUUAAUAGACAUCAUCAAACUCACACGGGUGAGAGACCUUGUAAAUGUUUGGAAUGUGGAAAAAGCUUUCGUUCAGGUGAACAUCUUACUUUACAUCAUCGAACGCACACAGGGGAGAAACCAUUUAAAUGUAUGGAGUGUGGAAAGAGCUUCAGUCAAAAGGGAACUCUAAGACUACAUCAACAGACACACAGGAGAAAAAUGAUCUAA